GGAGGUUUUCUUCCUGUCAGCGACACAUGUAGAGAGAGAGCAGCUAACGGGACACGGGCGCACACAGACACGGACGGAGCUCCGCAGAUUUAAUCGUCUCUCCGCAAAAACACGCACUUUCUCGUGUGCGUAACGCUCGUGCGCACCAUGGACUUGUUUGGUCGCGGAGAGCACAUCGAGUUGUGAAGCAGCAGCAGCAGCAGCAGCGGCGGCACUGCGAUCCACGGAGAAAGAGUCCACAGUGGAAAUACUAUCUGAUAACUCCAUUUGCUCGUUUCCACUGAAACACGAGCACGAGACGCCUCGCGGAGGUUCGCGUGGAGCCGGAGGAGCGAGCGAGCGACCGCGCGCGCGCUAGUGCGUCCGCCGCGCGAGUUUGUUUGUUUGUUUAUUUAUUAGUUUAUUAUUUAUCUCUCUACUUUUUUUGAGGUUGGACUGUUGUAGCUUUUUACCUGUUCACCUUUUCUCACCUUUAAAGUGCUGAACUUUACAACCAUCACGCUCCACGGAGAUACGCGAGGGACAAUGGUGAAUCCCGGAGGCAGCAGCCAGCCACCGCCGGUGGGCACGGGUUCUCUGUCCUGGAAACGGUGCGCGGGGUGCGGUGGGAAAAUCGCUGACCGCUUCCUGCUCUACACCAUGGACAGCUACUGGCACAGCCGCUGCCUCAAGUGCUCCUGCUGCCAGGCCCAGCUGGGCGAAAUCGGCACGUCGUGCUACACGAAAAGCGGCAUGAUCCUGUGCAGAAACGACUACAUCAGGUUAUUCGGAAACAGCGGAGCUUGCAGCGCCUGUGGUCAGUCCAUUCCAGCCAGCGAACUGGUGAUGAGGGCACAGGGCAACGUGUACCACCUCAAGUGUUUCACAUGUUCCACCUGCCGGAACCGGCUUGUCCCAGGAGACCGGUUCCACUACAUCAACGGCAGCCUGUUCUGUGAACACGACCGACCCACAGCGCUCAUCAACGGCCAUUUGAGUUCACUGCAGACGAACCCGCUACUGCCUGACCAGAAGGUGUGUUAAGCAGGAGCUGUGCAGGAAGCAGGACGCGUGCCUUCAUUUAAGCCCCUCACUCAUCGUCACCCAAGACCGUGUGAAUCAGCGACGCCCCGGCCUUUCAGCUGUGCUCCCACAAAAGGAAAUCCUCUACUCCUCAUCGUACCAGUGACUCGACUUUCAUUUCUGUAAACCCAGAAACCCCCGGCGCUCGGCCUCCGACCUCGGCGUUCCCCCACGUACGGGUGGAUACUUUGCACUUAGCCGCACCUGAAUAAAAGCGCUGAGGACUCCACACGACCUUGGAAUAAAAAGAAAAAAAAGCCCGGAGACUGAUCGGAACGAAACCAGGUGGAACUCUUCAGGAAGAGAAAACAAAAAGAUCACACAAAGAGGAUGUUGUGACUGAAGCGAGGGAAUGGGGACAAAGAAAAGACUAAUGAGGCUAAAGAAAUCCAGACUUUUCAACUCUGCAAAUUUGUUAAAAGACAUUUUGGGGGGAAAACCGGGACCUUUUCAUUUUUCCUCUCUUCCUUUUUCUAUCCUCAUCUCCCAACAACAUAGUGUUUCCACUUUAUAUAUUUUAAGUGUUGUCAGAGGGGAUUUUUCUUUUCUUUUCGGUGUAUGUACAGUAGAAAACACGGGGGUUUCAGAAAAAUCAGUGGCUUUUUGUGGAAAACAAAUCAUGAACACUCUCUUUGGUGUAUUUGUAAAACUACCAUGUAUGUACAGUAUGCAUGUAAAUGUCGUUGUCCAGGCGUGGCUACCGUACCAUACAACCUCUCCGCACUCAGCUCCUCCCCCUCCCCCUCCUCCUCCUCCUCCUCCUCCUUCCUCUUUUAAAACCUGAACCCAUGGCAAACUGAAGAAAUCUGCUCAUAGUCAGUAAUGUAGAGACCAUCAACAUAUAAAUGCUGAAUGAAAGAGAAAUUUAUUUGUGAUAUUUUCCAAGACAUUUGCUCCAGUAUGGUGUAUUUAAUUAAUAAAAAAAAUGUAAGUUUUAAAAGCCUCAGUAAAUU